AUGAGCUAUCGAUCUUUAAAAUUCAAUCAAGACUCUACUUGUUUUACAGCAAGUUCAGACAAUACUGAUAUAAUAAUUUAUAAUUGUGAUCCUUUUGGCAAGUGCUUUGAAUUGCCAAAGAAUAAUGAUAUCUUAAAGGGUAAUUCAGGUGGGAACUUCGCUGAUUAUGAACAUAACAAUAGUCAUGAUGAUGUUAAUAAUAGUAAUGGCAUUGGCAGUGACUCUGAUGCUGUUAAUAAUGUUGACAGUAGAAAGAGGAAUCAUUCUUACAAGGUUGACUCAAGUGAGAAUGCUUUGUUGAUUGAAAUGUUGUUUUCAACCAAUUUAAUUGCAGUCUCAAGUUCGAAUAAAAACAGCAUUGAGUCGAAAAAAGUUAAGAUUAUUAAUACCAAGAGGAAAUCGAUUAUCUGUGAGUUAUCUUUUCCUAGCUGUGUGAUUGACAUUAUAAUGAAUAGAAAAAGAAUGUGUGUGUUGUUAGAAACUGAUCAAAUAUACAUAUACGACAUAUCAUGUAUGAAACAUUUGCAAACUAUAGAUAUAGGUGAUAAAAAAUUGAAAACUACUGUCAUCAGUGAAUUGCAGACUGGUAACAAUAAUGAUACAAUAACGUCAAAGAAGAAGAGGAAAAUUCCAAUAAAGAUGGCAUUAAGUGAAGAUGAUAGAAGUAUCCUUGUGUUCACAACCUUUAACAUGACAAAUACCUCCAUUAAUAAUAAAAACAAUCAUAUUAUGUUAAAUGACGUUGUAGCGUAUGAUGCUUUAAACAUUACUCCUAUAAAUUAUCUAAACGCAGUACAUAAUGGUAACGUUGUAGCACUAACUAUCAGUCCAGAUGGGAAGAUAAUUGCUACAGCAUCAGAAAAGGGAACAGUUAUUAGAAUAUUUGAUGUAGGCAUUGAGAAACAGGAUGAGCUGAUUAAUUCGUUGACCUAUGAAUUCAGAAGAGGUAAUAGACAAUCUACUAUCCACCAGCUUGCAUUCAACAACAAUGCAACACUCAUUGCGUGUGUAGGUGACAGUGAUACUAUACAUAUUUUCAAAUUAGAUUCUAAUAUGAAACUUUCAACUUUACCAAUGAGUAACAGUGAUCAUGGUGUAAAUAAUACAAACAACUCUUAUAUCACAACAGAAGAUAUAAAAGGAUUACGGAAGGAUUUAAAUGCUAAAUCGUUCAAGAACCUAAUAUCAAAAACAAUAAAGAAAUCGAUACCAAGUCAAUCACUGGAUCGUUCAUUUGCCUAUAUUAAUCUUAAGAAUCCCAACAAUAAAUAUGUCAUAGGAUUCCCGAAAGAGUUUCCUAAUGAAUUGUAUAUAGUGGGGGAAAAUGGGAAUUUUAAUGUUUACUCGAUUCCUACAGAAUCAGGAGAAUGUGUUCUGUCAAAGAGAAAUAAAUAUUAG